AUGGCAACGGUAUUACCGGCUGUGGUAAUAGCUUUGGGAUUGUUUGUCGUGAUAGACUAUGGCUACAUGCUCUAUUUGCACUUCAAGAUGCCACCUGGGCCACUUCCACUGCCCAUAGUGGGAAACACGCAUCUGCUGCCCCCUAGCAAACCCUGGAUCUACUUUGAGGAACUCGCAAAACAGUACCAGUCCCCCAUGAUAACAUUCUGGACCGGCCGGCGCCCCACGAUCUGGAUCUGCGAUGCCUGGGUCGCCAGCGAGCUGCUCGACAAACGGGCCGCCAUAUACGCCUCGCGCCCACGCAUGGUGGUCUUCAGCGAGCUCGGCGCAGGCCAGUCGAAUCUAGUCAAUAUGUACUACGGAGAUCGAUGGCGGCUGCACAGGAAACUGACGCAUAUGGGAGUGGGUCUGCAGCAGGUGCGAACGUACCGCGGCUUCCAAAAUGACGAGAGUAAGGUGGUUGCGUUGGAUCUGUUGGAUCAGCCGAAGGAGUAUGUGAAGCACUUUGAGCGAUAUGCCACGAGUGUGGUGUCCAUUAUUGGAUUUGGGAGGCGGGUUGCGAGGUUCACGGAUCCUCUGAUCACGGAGGUGAUUGCGGUCAUGCAGCGUGCCGCCGAGUUGAAUGUUCCUGGGAAGACGUUCCCGAUGCUCAUGGAGUCGUUUCCUGUCCUCGCACGGUUUCCCAACUGGAUGGCACCAUGGAAACAGGGUCUCGGAAAAGGACAAGGACGAGGUCGACCAUUCUUCUACGCGCUGGCGGAAGAAGCCGCGCAGAACCCCACGACAGACCAGUGUUACGCAAAGAAGCUCUUCGAAGAAGGCCCAAAGCACAACCUCUCUCGUAUGGAAAUCUCCUCGCUCUCCGGCAACCUCUUCGGUGCAGGCAGUGACACCUCCAGCUCCACACUGGUCACUUUCGUCCUCGCCUGCUGCGCAUUCCCCGACGCCCUCCCCAAAGCCUGGGCAGAGCUCGACCAAGUCGUGGGACCACACCGGAGCCCGACGUUCCAGGACGAGCCGGACCUGCUGUACGUGAAAGCGUUCGUGAAGGAAGUGCUGCGGUGGAGAUCCGUCGCCAUCAUCGGCGGGCAGCCGCACGCGCCGAUCAAAGACGAUCAUUAUAAGGGAUGGCUGAUCCCGCGCGGGACCUGGGUCCAGGGCAACGUUUGGGCCAUCCACCACCAUGAACGAGAGUUCCCCGAGCCGGACCGCUUCAAUCCAGAUCGCUAUCUCAAGGGGAGUCCCCAUCACCGGCCCUUCCCUGGCGAGAAGGGGUAUAUGACCUUUGGAUGGGGGCGCCGGGUGUGCAGCGGGCAGGGAUUGGCGGAGCAGGGGACUUUCAUCACGAUCGCACGGCUGCUUUGGGGGUUCAGGAUCGAGAAGGCGCUCGAUGAGCAGGGCAAUGAGAUCCCGGUUGACAUAUUUGAUUUCACCAAUGGCCUCAACAUGCGCCCCAAUCCGUUUGAAUGCCGGAUUACUCCUCGCAGUCCGGAGAUCCGGGCGGCCAUUGAGAGGGAGGGUCGGCAGGCUCUGCAGGACUUGUCUCGUUACAACGGUGAGACUAAAUACCGCAUGAGCACAUAUUACGCCACGGAGAAAUUGUGA